AUGGCUGCUCUGCCUCACACCGACGACCUUCGGAAGCUUUUCAGCAAACUCAUCGAUGGCUCUCACAUUCUCCACUUCCAUCAAGUGGUUGAUGCCUACGGUCACCUGUCUUUCCGCUACCCUCUAGACCCUGACAUCUUUGUAAUGUCUCGAAACGUUGCCCCAGCUCAGGUGUCAGAGAUCAGAGAUCUUGUCGCCUAUAGGGUUGGUGAUGCCGAGCCCCUCGAAGCGGAGUCGCCUCCGGGCUUUGCGGAGCGGCGAAUCCACUCGGAGGUUUACAAGCGGCACCCACAGGUUAACGCGGUGGUCCACAGCCACUCCGAGGCCGUGGUCCCAUACACGAUAUCGGGUGUUCCGCUGAGGGCCGUCAGCCACAUGUGCGGAUUUCUGGGCGCCAAUGGUUUACCGGUAUUUGAUACCGCAAACCACAUGGAGAACAGCGACGUUGAUGACCUACUUGUACGCAGUGAGAAUAUGGGUGCCCACUUGGCGAAGCACUUCGACGAUGGCAAUAACGUGACGUUGAUGCGCGGGCAUGGUUUCACAGUCGUUGCCAGUAGCAUCGAGCUCGCCGUGAUGCGAGCAGUGUAUACGCAGAAGAAUGCAAGCAUCCAAACUACUGCUUUAAUGCUUCAAGGCGUUACUGGGGUCACGGGCGGCGUGAAGAGCCUGAGUAAAGAUGAAUGUAUGGCUUCUGACAAGACGACACAGUGGUCAUUAAUGCGACCAUGGAACUUGUGGGUUCAGGAGAUUGAAUGCAACAAGGUGUACAAGAAGAUGCUUUAA